UUCAGCGUUGACAACAGCGAGUACAUGAGGAAUGGAGACUUCUUACCCACUCGCCUGCAAGCCCAGCAAGAUGCUGUCAACAUCGUGUGCCACUCGAAAACCCGCAGUAACCCCGAGAACAACGUGGGGCUCAUCACCUUAGCCAAUAACUGUGAAGUGUUGACCACACUCACUCCAGACACGGGCCGGAUCCUUUCAAAGCUACACACGGUGCAACCCAAAGGGAAAAUUACCUUUUGCACAGGGAUCAGAGUUGCUCACCUGGCUUUAAAACAUCGCCAAGGCAAGAAUCACAAGAUGCGAAUCAUCGCCUUCGUUGGGAGCCCUGUAGAAGAUAAUGAGAAAGAUCUGGUGAAACUGGCAAAGCGUCUUAAGAAAGAGAAAGUCAACGUUGAUAUCAUCAAUUUUGGAGAAGAGGAAGCCAACACGGACAAGCUGACUGCCUUCAUUAACACCUUAAACGGGAAGGAUGGCACCGGCUCCCACCUGGUGACGGUGCCGCCGGGGCCGAGCCUGGCCGAUGCCCUCAUCAGCUCCCCGAUCCUGGCCGGGGAGGGAGGUGCCAUGCUGGGCCUCGGCGCCAGCGACUUCGAGUUCGGCGUGGACCCGAGCGCAGACCCGGAGCUGGCUCUG